GGCCAUUCAGAGGCGUGGGGCCGGGCCUUGCGGGCGCUUGUUGUUGUCCGGCCGGAGGAGGCAGAGGUCGGUCGGUCGCUAGCUCGUUAGCUGGGGCGAUCUGUGGCGGUCGGCGGGCAGGUCCAUCGCGAUUGUCGGGCGUCGUGCAGGGGCGAGGUUAUGUCGCGGUGGCAGCCCGGAUCGGCCGGCAGGGCCGGGAGUAACGGGAUGUCGCCGCAGAGCUUCUUCCUCCGGAUACAGUGCGGCCCGAGUGGAGGCCGCGGCGCCGCCCUCCGAUCCUGAGGAUCCCGCGCUGCCCGGAGCCCGCACCGCCUUCUCAUCCGCAUCGACACCAACCGACCUGACCCGGCCUGGCUCUGCCCGGCCAGAUAGAGCGUAAAGCAAGCAAGGCAGCACUAGCCCCUCAGAGCACAGGACGCCCUCCCCAAGGACAUGAAGCUAUUGGAGAACUCAAGCUUUGAGGCCAUCAACUCACAGCUGACUGUGGAGACUGGAGAUGCCCACAUCAUUGGCAGGAUCGAGAGCUACUCGUGUAAGAUGGCAGGAGACGACAAGCACAUGUUCAAGCAGUUCUGCCAGGAAGGCCAACCACACGUGCUGGAGGCCCUGUCCCCGCCCCAGACCUCGGGCCUCAGCCCCAGCAGACUGAGCAAGAGCCAAGGUGGCGAGGAUGAGGGCCCCCUCAGUGACAAGUGCAGCCGCAAGACCCUCUUCUACCUGAUCGCCACGCUCAACGAGUCCUUCCGCCCCGACUACGACUUCAGCACGGCCCGAAGCCACGAGUUCAGCCGGGAGCCCAGUCUCAGCUGGGUGGUGAAUGCAGUCAACUGCAGCCUGUUCUCGGCGGUGCGGGAGGACUUCAAGGCCCUGAAGCCACAGCUGUGGAAUGCAGUGGACGAGGAGAUCUGCCUGGCCGAGUGUGACAUCUACAGCUACAACCCGGACUUGGACUCUGACCCCUUUGGGGAAGAUGGCAGCCUCUGGUCCUUUAACUACUUCUUCUACAACAAGCGGCUUAAGCGGAUUGUUUUCUUCAGCUGUCGCUCCAUCAGUGGAUCCACGUACACACCCUCAGAGGCAGGCAAUGAGUUGGACAUGGAGCUGGGGGAGGAGGAGGAGGAGGAACUCAGAGAUGGAGGCAAUGAGGGCGGAUCCGAGGAGACCAGCCCCAUGGAGGACAGAGUCCCCGUGAUCUGUAUGUGAGGAGGAGAAGCAGAGGCCCAGCUUCAUCCAGCGUCAACCAGUGCCUGGACUUGCUCACCUGAGCGGCCCCAGGGCCUCCCCAGCAGCUGGCCAGACCCUGGCACGGCUCCAGCUCCAGCGCUGCCCACCUCGCCCUUUGGUUCCAGCCUAUGGAUGGCCACUCACCCCACAGGCUCUGCUGCCCACAUUGUGGCUGGACUGGACAGACAGCACGGGGCCUGGUGGGAACAGCCACUGCCCUGCCCGAACGAACUGCCGGCGGCGGGACAGCUGGACCACAGAGUUUAUUUUUGUAUUUUGUACCUGGGCCUGCACACUCCAGCCCAAAGGGCCUGAGACCCAGCAAGCAGGCCCUGGCCGUCGUCCUCCCCGGCGUGGGCCGCCCUCGGUGCCCACCUGUACCCUCACCUCGCCCACCGGGCAGCGUGCACUGAGUGUCACUUUGCUGCAGCUUGUUUGUUUCCAAUAAAAGUUUGUGACUUACUGUG